AACUUAAAAACGUCAAAAAGAAAUUUUUGAGUAGGAAACGGACAAUUAAUUACGUGUUGUAGAAAAUUCUGUGCUUGAAAUAAGGUUAAAUGAGUCAUCAACACUUAUUGUGACUCUAUAAUAUGUGUGAUUAGUUCUCCGACAAUUAAUUUUAAGUUUGUUGUUUAUUUCAUUGUGUAUUGUUAAAGUUUAGCGCCCUCAUCCUCGGGCACCAGAUAAAAUGGCGACUGAUCCAUCGAAAAACCGCAUGCAUGUUUUCAAGAACACAGGCAAAGAUGUCGAUGAAAUGCGCAGACGGAGGAACGAAGUGACAGUCGAGCUCCGCAAGAACAAAAGAGAGGAGACGCUGCAGAAGCGGAGAAAUGUGCCCAUCGGAGACUCGACGGACGAGGAGGAGAUCGAGCGCUCGCUGCAGUCCACCAACCUCAAGGAGCUGGUGAUGAACGCGGCGCUGGCGGAGAGCCCCGAGGUGCAGCUGGCGGCCGUGCAGCAGUGCCGCAAGCUGCUCUCCUCCGACAAGAACCCGCCCAUCGACGAGCUCAUCGCCACCGGCAUCCUGCCCAUCCUCGUGCAGUGCCUGUCGCGCGCCGACAACCACAGCCUGCAGUUCGAGGCGGCGUGGGCGCUCACCAACAUCGCGUCCGGCACGUCCGCGCAGACCAACAAGGUGGUGCACGCCGGCGCCGUGCCGCUGUUCCUGCAGCUGCUCAUGUCCCCGCACGAGAAUGUGUGCGAGCAGGCCGUGUGGGCGCUCGGGAACAUCAUUGGUGAUGGACCUGUGCUCCGCGACUUCGUCAUCGAGCUGGGCGUGGUGCAGCCGCUGCUCAACUUCAUCAAGCCAGACAUCCCCAUCUCCUUCCUGCGCAACGUCACAUGGGUUAUUGUGAACUUGUGCAGAAGUAAGGACCCUCCGCCGCCCGUCAAGACUAUACAAGAAAUCCUCCCAGCUUUAAAUGUACUCAUCAUGCACACUGAUAUCAAUAUCUUAGUAGACACAGUAUGGGCCAUCAGUUAUCUCACAGACGGGGGCAAUGACCAGAUCCAGAUGGUGAUAGAGUCAGGCAUCGUGCCCAAGCUCAUCCCGCUGCUGUCCCACAAGGAGGUGAAGGUGCAGACGGCGGCGCUGCGGGCCGUCGGGAACAUUGUCACGGGAACCGACGACCAGACACAAGUUGUGCUCAACUGCGACGCACUAUCACACUUCCCUGCACUUCUGUCUCAUCAGAAAGACAAAAUCUGCAAAGAGGCCGUAUGGUUCCUAUCAAACAUCACAGCCGGCAACCGGCACCAAGUGCAGGCCGUGAUCGACGCGGGCCUGCUGCCCAAGAUCGUGGAGAACCUCAGUAAGGGCGAGUUCCAGACGCAGAAGGAGGCGGCGUGGGCCGUCAGCAACCUCAGCAUCAGCGGCACCAAGGAGCAGGUGGGCACGCUGAUCAGCUGCGGCGUCAUCCCGCCCUUCUGCAACCUGCUCAGCUGUAAGGACACACAGGUUAUCAAUGUGGUCCUAGACGGGCUGAGCAACAUGCUGAAGAUGGCGGGCGAGAACGCGGAGCAGGUGGCCAACAUGAUCGAGGAGUGCGGCGGGCUGGACAAGAUCGAGUCGCUGCAGAGCCACGAGAAGGUCGAGAUCUACAAGAUGGCGUACGACAUCAUCGAGCUGUACUUCGGGGAUGAGGAGGAGGACGCGACGCUGGUGCCGGCGGUGGCGGAGACGGACUUCCAGUUCAAGCCGGGCUCCGUGCAGCACGACCCCUUCCGCUUCUAGACACCCCCCCCCCCCUCCACCACGGCCGCCGCUCGCUAGUUAGGCUAAGUCGACUUUUUCAAUGGAACGGCCGCGCCGCAGCAGACCGGAGCGUUCGCAUUAUUUAAUGACUUUUUUAAACUAAUGAUUAGUGAAUAGUACUUGUUGUGCCGUCGGUCCCGCGGCUGCGCAAGGAGGCCUUGGCACCGUAAUUCGUUGUACAUUCGCGUUGUAAACAAAUUGUUAAAUUAAUCGUCGGUGCUACGGCUUUGUUGUGAUACAACUCUAAUUGUGAUGUUUUAAAAUUUUCAAUUUCUGUUUUCGAUUUGGUAUAAUUGUAAUGGACGAUGGACACGAAAUGGAUUAGCUUUAACUCGUGCCGCGUACGCCCGUAUGCGCCGCGGAUGCUUGUAAUAAUUAAAUAAAUAACAUACGAUUUAUGUUACGACUUUUAACUCCACAUGUACUGUCGAGUCGAUGCAGAUCGGGACAAGUGUAAAUGAGCCUCAUACGUAUUUUAUCGACUAUGGAUUAUGUUCUCAUAAGGGAAUCCAUUUGUAUCUAAAACCAAUAAAAUUCUGUCCAAUA